AUGAUAAUUCCUGGUCCAAAGAUGCCUGGUAAUAAUAUUGAUGUUUUUCUGCAACCACUUAUUAAUGAGUUAAAAGAACUAUGGAAGGGUGUUGACGUGUACGACUCUGUUGAUGGAAAGUUUUUUCGCAUGCAUGCUGCAUUAUUUUGGACCAUAAGUGAUUUUCCAGGUCUUGAUAACCUGUCUGGGUGGAAUACACAUACUAGUCUUGCAUGUCCGUCAUGUAACUUUGAUACAGUAUCCAGGAGGUUAAAGCAUGGCAUGAAAUAUUGCUUCAUGGGACAUCGUCGGUGGUUACCCAAUAACCACGAGUAUAGACAAAACAUGCACUCAUUUGAUGGCACUACCGAACUAAGAGGCCCUCCGUCAACAUUAUCAGGCAGUGCUAUUUUGUCUCAAAUUCAGAGCAGUCGCAAAAGAUCACAUGAGGCUCUCAAUGCUGGCAACAACCCUUUGCAGUGGAAAAAGAGGAGUAUUUUCUGGGAUUUACCAUACUGGAAGGAUAAUCUCAUUCGUCACUGUCUUGACAUGAUGCACAUAGAGAAAAAUGUUUGUGACAAUGUUUUGUUUACUGUACUUGAUGACAAACAAAAGACUAAGGACAACUUGGCAGCCCGUAAGGACUUGCAAUUGAUGGGAAUCCGAGAACAGCUCCAUCCUUUCACUAAUUCUUCCAAGUACCCGCCUUCCUGUUUCAGAAUGACAAAUGCUGACAAAGAUAUUUUUCUUAGUGUUCUUAAAAGUGUUUCUUUUCCAGAUGGUUAUUCUUCUAAUAUUUCUAGAUGCAUUGAUUUGAAGAAAAGGAAGGUCUUUGGCCUAAAGAGCCAUGAUUCACAUAUUCUCAUGGAGCACAUCUUACCGAUCGCUUUUAGAAGAUCCCUUCCUAAAGAGGUGACGUCUGUGCUAAUAGAGUUGUGUAACUAUUUUAGAGAAGUGUCUGGCAAAUCCCUAGCCAUUGAUAACUUAGAAAAACUUCAACAUCGAAUUGCAUUGAUGUUCUACCACAUGGAAAUGAUAUUCCCUCCUUCGUUUUUCACCGUGAUGGUUCACCUAGUUAUUCAUCUCGCAGAAGAGGCAAUGAUUGCUGGUCCAGUGCAGUACAGAUGGAUGUAUCCUGUUGAAAGGACUUUAGGCCAUUUAAAAUCGUAUGUCCGGAAUAAGGCUGCACCUGAAGGAUGUAUAGCUGAAGGUUACCUGAUGGAGGAAUGUCUAACUUUUUGCUCCAGAUAUUUAGAGGAAGAUGAGAUUGAGACAAGGUUUAACCGACCAAAUCAUAACGACGAUCAAAAUGACAACACUCCUAGUAGUUGUUCUAACAUUCUUGCUGAAUUUUUUCCAGCAAGAGGAAGUCCUCGCAGAUCGAUAUGCAGAGGUGAAAUUUCCAAGUUACACCGCGGUAAAAGAAAUGCAGCUAAACUCAUUGAAGAAUACAUGCACGCCAAAUUCCAUGAGUGGUUUAGGGAUUAUGUGGCGUAUAUAGAUGAUGCAAACGAUAUUACUCCUGAAAUCAAGUGGCUUGCAGAAGGACCUAAUGAUGUUGUAAAGAGAUUCGAAGAGUAUAACAUUCAUGGAUUCAAGUUUCGCACGGUAAAUAAAGAUGAAGGACUUAAAACACAAAAUAGUGGUGUAGUCAUGUCUGCAAUUACGACUAGUAUUAGCCGUGGACGAAAUCCUGUUUCAGUAUCAUUUGACAGUACAUACUACGGAAAAGUGAUCGAUAUAAUAGAGUUAGACUAUUUUGGCAAACUAAGGGUUAUCCUCUUCAAAUGUAUCUGGGUUGAUACCACGCUUAAUAAGGGCAUUAAGGUAGAUGAAUUUGGGAUCACGAGUGUACGGUUUUCAGAGUUGAUACACACGGGUGCUCUUGAACUAGAUGAGCCAUUUAUUCUUGCAACAGAUGCGAGAAUGGUUUACUAUGUUGACGAUCCAGUUGACGAAGGUUGGUGUUCUGUAUGUCACAUGAAACCCAGAGAUUUAUAUGAUAUGGGAGAUUUGAAUGAGGAGGAUCCAGAUGAGUCUUUGGUGGAGGACAUACCAUUUUGUGAGCAGCAAAUAGAGAAUCUAGAAAAAUUUCCAUUAGUACGGGACGACAUUAACGAUCCAGAAUCAGAUGAAGUGGAUGUUGCUGAAAACAAUCACAAUGUUUCUGAGGACGAAAUUGGCAUUGGUGAUUUGCAGGAUUUUAAUUAG